CGCAGCGGGAGGCGCGCGGAGACCAGAGGGAGCGAGUUCCGUGGCGCGGCCGCUCGGCUGCUCCCUCCAUCGGAGGUCGGGCGCUCGGCUCUCCGGACCCGCCUGGCGUCCUAACCUCCGGCCGGGCCGGCCGGCAGCGGCGCCCCGGGCAUGGCUUCGGCGGGCAGCGGCAUGGAGGAGGUGCGCGUGUCGGUGUUGACCCCGCUGAAGCUGGUCGGGCUGGUGUGCAUCUUCCUGGCUCUGUGCCUGGACCUGGGGGCCGUGCUGAGCCCGGCCUGGGUCACUGCCGACCACCAGUACUACCUGUCCCUGUGGGAGUCCUGCCGGAAGCCCGCCAGCUUGGACAUCUGGCACUGCGAGUCCACGCUCAGCAGCGAUUGGCAGAUUGCUACCCUGGCUUUACUCUUGGGCGGUGCUGCCAUCAUUCUCAUUGCAUUUCUGGUGGGUUUGAUUUCUAUCUGCGUGGGAUCUCGAAGGCGCUUCUACAGACCUGUUGCUGUCAUGCUUUUUGCAGCAGUUGUUUUACAGGUUUGCAGCCUGGUCCUUUACCCAAUCAAGUUCAUUGAAACUGUGAGCUUGAAAAUUUACCAUGAGUUCAAUUGGGGUUAUGGCUUGGCUUGGGGUGCAACUAUAUUUUCAUUUGGGGGUGCCAUCCUUUAUUGCCUGAACCCUAAGAACUAUGAAGACUACUACUAGAACCAGUCGUCUCAAAUUAUGAAACAACCAACCAUCCCACAAAAGGAUUAUGUCUGCAUCUUUUCUAAGUCACUUACUAUUUUCUAAAAUACUUGUGGAGCAUCAAGCAGUUUGCUCAGUUGAUUUAAUAUCCUUUGCCUUUUCGCUGUCAACAUCAUAACCAGCUUUUACAUCCAUUUUAGGGACCUGCACAAAUUAAGAGAGCAGAGCUGAUUAGACAUAGGCAAAUGCUGCAAACUUCCAAUAUGUUCGCGUCAUUUUUCUUGACAAGUGAAGGGUCUAUGUGACAACAACUCUUGUGAGAAAAUGGUCGGAAUGAGAAAUGCCUGGCUCUCCUAUUGCCUGCAGGGGAGCAGCUGGCAUAAGCAACAUUUAGAAGUUCCUUUGCUCUGACAAGGAUUCCACUAUUAGAAUCCUCAUCUCCUGCUUCUCCCACACAAUGACUACAUUGGCCAUUAGUUAUUUGCUUGAGUGAGCUUUGAAAAGUGAACUGCCCUUCAGCAUCUAACAGCAGUUGUGAAUGUAAUUGGUUCAUGGUACACAUUCCGCCUUCUAGAAUAGUCUUUUUAAACAGGAGUUCAUGCUUUGGCAAUCCACAGCUCCCUGGUUAGGGAGUCAAGACUUGGAGACAUGUGCUUUCCAUUAUGUGGUUAGAAAUUGUGCCUCAGCCACAUCUAGAAUGGGGAAAAAUUGAGAGUCUUGGCUUUCCCAGGGGCAAUUAGAAAGAAACAUGCAUGAUUGGCUUUUGUCCUAAGUCCCCUUUAAAUCAUUUACCAAACAUUGCAGCAAAGAAUUGUGCAUCUGUAACAAGCGUAACUAUUUUUAUAGAAGGUGAACCAUUAGGAUAAAUGGUAAGAAGUUGUUCCCUAGCCCUGCACAUAUGUCCACCCUGUUACAUAAAAUUAAUAUUUGCUCUAGUGAAGUGGUUUGAACACUAACCUUGUACACGCUGUUAAGAAGCUUAGAUUGGUAUUCACACUAAUUUACCAUACGAAAAGUACAUAUACUUUAAAGCUUUUGCUCUGUGUUCUCUACUGUUUCACUGCAAAGUUUUACUAGAAUUGCAUAAGAAGAAAAAUUGAAAUGGUGUUAAUCUGAAAAUGUAUGACUCUCCUGUAAGCACUGUAGUUCAAAAGAGUAGCAGUUAGGAUGAUCGUUUCACUUAAAAUCUAUUAAAAUAGAACGCCACUAUUUUUUCCAAGUAUUUUAAAUAUCUUCAUUUAAAAAAGAAAGAAUAGCGAUAGAUUUAUAUAAAUGUCUAAAUGUCUCAGUAGAGGAAUAGAAAUCAUCUGAUUAUCACCCGGUCCUCUAAAGUUAACUGAUGGGCUAACUGAUUUGUGCACACAAUUAUGGCACAUUUACCUUAAAGGAAUAUUUUGUUGAUUGUUCAAAUGGAAGGAAAUGCCAAAAUAAUAGGGGAUAAGUUUGCAACUAAUCUCACCGCAAACUUGUGUUAAUUCUGUUUAAUAUACACAUUUGGAUAGUUUAAUUAUAAGCAUAUUUUUAUAUCAAAUAUACAGUUCUAAUAUAAAAGUUAUAAAUAUUUUUGUUAACAAAGACACUAAAACAGUAUAUCCUGGUUUUGGCCCACUUGCAGAAAGAAGCAUUGGAAAAAUCAUCUUAAAUGCACAUGUGCUAGUAUAAUGUAAAGUCUGUUAAGAGCAGGACCACAUCAGUAGUAUUUUAAAAUGUGCUUUACCUCCCAAAGCAGAACUCUGCUUUCAGGCUUGUCUUAAGAACUAUUGCCAAAAGCAACAGGAAAGCAAAACAAAACAACCACAAAAAAUCUAUUUUAUUACUCAAAUGCUAAAAAAUAAAAAUAAAAAUUCUCUCUUAUCUUGUGAAUUUUCUAUAGCAUCACGAAGUAAAUAUGAAGUACCAGGCUUAUUCCUGUUUUAGCCAUGAUAGACAAAAGCAAUUUAAUGCAUCCUAGAGAGAAAUCUUUAUACAAGUGUAUGAUUCUAUAAAGAAUCAUAAGAAGCUAUGAGUGGAAAUUUUCCAGAAAGGUAGUAGAGAAUCUUUUGAAACAAUUUUCUUGAGAAAUAGUAAAAUCUGAGGCAGACUGUCUUGCAGUUAAUUGCAUAUUGCCAGAGCAGCAUGAGAAAUACGAUAUUUGGAUUGGGGUUUCAGUUACUAAACACCCUCUAUUGUAAGAGGAUCCUCUUUAUUCUUGAAUAAUGGGAGUACAGUACUUUGGUGCUGACAUCAAUGAGCCACUUUUCUUAGUCCUAAGAGACCAUGUGGUGUACUGUGUUAGACCAAUAUCACAUCUUGAGUCUUAUCAAGUUUUCAUUCUCUGUCAAUAUGGCAAGCUGGAAAGUGACAGAAUGUUAUAGGUUAAGGCAUACAUAUUUGCAGUUUACUGAAAAGUAGAUUUCUUAUAUGACUUUUUUCCCUUCCUAGUGAAGAGCCCUAUGCUAUAUUUCUACCAUCACUAAUAUUUGGAAUGUUUUCUUAUGAAUAGGCUCAGUACAAAAUGAAAAUCAUUGCUGCUCAUCCAAAAUACUAUUUUGUCUAUCGGAAUACACACAAGUGAAUUGUUCACCUACAUUAACAUUAUGUCUUUGCAGCUAGUUUUGUUUGAUGUUUUCUUACAAGCAAAGUUGUCAACUACAAACCCAUUAUUUAUCUUAGAGAGACGUAUGUGCACACACGUAUAUAGCGUAAAGUACACAGCAGGGCUAGUUAUUUGGAUUUCUUGCACAACUAUUUAGCUUUUUGUAAGUUCAACAUGUGAAUUUUAAAGACAUAAAUAUAGAGAGACCUAUGUGUUUGAAAUAUAAAUGAUGUAUAUGGAUUAGCAUGUACCUGUAUAUUCUUAAACAUGCAAUGAACUGACUGGUAAGUGACGUCUAAUCAUAUGGCUAGCAGUGUAAUUUAUUCAGACUGUAUUUUUGUACAGAGCAGCGCACACUAACCUAUGCCUCUGUGUCCUCUUUAAUGCCUAAAACUGUGCCUAGAAAUUUCAUCUGUCUUAAAAAAAUAAAAUACACUUCAUUCUGUUCAUGCUAUUAGUUUCUCUACUGCUGUUCUAUAUUUAUUAUUUUUAAAUAUAUGACAUUUACUACUUCAAUAUGAAUUCAUGGUAUCCUGGUUAUUAUUUUUUUUAGCAGUCAUCUAGAGGAAACCUGUUUAUCUCUCCAGUGGUUUUGAGUUUGCAGUUUCAUGAUCAGUUGUUCAUUUCAUGAUUUCUGUAGCUGACAUGAAGUUAUCUAUGUGGAAAAAAUAAAAAUAAAAGUGGCUUUGCUGCUGCGGUUUGA